UACAUAUUAUCUGACAUUUCCUCGCAAUCGUUUGAGAAUUCCUUACCCAAACUCAUAAUAAGCAUUUACUGCUACCGCUAGCGUUUGAACAUUGGACUUUGACUCUCAACUUAAACCCAUGGUGGGAGAGCCAGAAGCUACUAGCGUUUUGACUCAUCUGAUCAUCUUCUUCUGAUCCGGGAUACAAGAUACAGUAACUAUCAAGAUAUGGGAUGUAUGGUUUCAAAACCAAAAGAUUCUGGGGGAAAUAGGAGGAGGCCAACAAAUAUUGGGGACGUUUCUGUGUAUGUCCCAGGUUUACGAACUCCCAAACCUGUUGAUUUCUCUCAACCACUCAGUGGUCACUUGUCAAAGACGUUAGUGGAGCGCCUUAACACGUUGAGAACUCGAAUAGUUGUUAUGGUUGGGCAAGAAGCACCUACAAUUACAAGAACAAGGAGGAAAACUUCUACACAGCAUGGGGGUUCGGCAUUGGCAGAUCUUCAUCAAGCUCUAGAAGAUUAUUUGCCUGUCCUUCUGGGAUUAGUUUCAGAUGGAAGCCAGCUACAAUUCAAAGUACAGUUUAUUUGGGUUAAUCAGGAGGAUGAUGCUGAGGAAACAGCCAUGUUUAAUGCUUGGUAUGAAGUGUUGUCAGUAUUGCAUCUGAUGGCAAUGUUAUCAUUAUCACAAGCCAACUUACUGCUUCUUCCAAGGACUUCUGAUAGUCAUCAACCAAAAGUAUCAGAAGAAAGGAGACGAGCUUCUAUUGAUAUUUUCUUGAAGGCAGCUGGAUACCUGGAUUGUGCUGUCAGGCAGGUUCUUCCUCAGUUACCAUCUGAGCUACGGAGAAAUUUACCGGUAGACCUAGCAGAAGGAGUUCUUCGAGCACUUUGUUUGCAAGCAUUAGGGCAGGGUGUUGAAAUCCAGCUUGGAAUGGCAAUUGAUAGCAUCAAGGCUACACUUGCUGUGAAGCGAAGGCUUGCAUGCGAGAUGGUAAAAUACUGGCAGCAGGCUCAGGAUAACAUUAUGAAUCUUCCAUUAUCAAAUGGAUGGGGUGAAAAGCAUAGACUUUUUGUAAAGUGGAAAUAUGUUGAAGCCAAGGCUGUAGCAUAUUAUUAUCAUGGUUUGAUCCUUGAUGAGGGAAACACAGAGAAAUCCCAUGGUAUGGCUGUAGCCGCUCUGCAGGCUGCCGAUAAAUAUUUUGAAGAAAGUAAGAGGGCUUGUGAAGUAUUUAAUGCGGCUCAUCCUUUGUCCAGAAAUCCACCACUUUGGGGGACAAUGAAGUAUCUAUCCGAGAAAAUUCCGAAAGAUACUUCUAGCAAGGUCCGGAUAAACCGAGACCUCUACUCUCAUGAACAAAUCAUGGGGACGGCUCCUACUUUACCGGAUUUUCCGUUAGCACUGAAACCUGACGAAUAUCAAUUGCCUCCGGUGGAUCCCUCGUGGAAUGAGAUUCUACGGUUGAGCCUCGAUGGCAUUAAUGAGGUGCAGCCUGAUAAAAGAUAGUUGACUGAUGUUUUUUUCUGUAUCAAAAUGGUACAAGGAACGGGUAAAAAGGUUGGUGGAUUUCAUGAAUUGUUGUGUGUGGCAAAGGUCCAAUUGGCUUCUAGCUUUCCUUUUAUCACAAUGUCCUUUCCUUUCUCCCUCAUAAGUAUGCUGUAAGAUGGCUUCAAGCUUACAUUGCAGAAAAGGAUUUGUGUUCUGCCCA